AUGUUAGAUUUACCAACAAAAUGGUACCCAGUUAAGUUAAAGUUUUUAGAAUCGGUAGAAUGCAUAUAUGACAAAGACGCGUUGAUCAAAGAAUCUCGUGGUUUAGGAUUAGAAGGAUUAAAUGAUCAAAGAUUGAGGGAUCUUUUCAAAACUAUUAAUGAAAAUAUACCAAGUAAUAUUAAAUUUGAAAAACUGAAUGAUAAUUUAAAUGCAUCAGUCGAUUUUGGGUUAAAAUGGAUUUUUAAAUUGUCAUUAUUAGAUCCGAAAGAAACAACAACAUUCCUAAUCAAGUUGAAUUUUCAGAAUUAUGCAAAUGUUAAUUAUUCCCAGUACCAAAUCGAGAAGUUAAAAGAUGAUUUAAAAGUAAAAGAUGCUUAUAUUAGAUUUUUGGAAUUAAAUUUUAAACUUAGUAAUGGUGACGAAGCAAUUCUCAAAUACAAGAAGAAUAAUAAAGCUUUAGUUAACUCACUCGAAAAAUUCAAUGAAGAUGAAUGGGAAUCAAAUUUAAACAAAGAAUAUGCAAAUCAAAAGAGUAAAUUGUCUACGAAAAGUAAUUGGAAAAAUGACUUGGAAAAUGCAAUUUCAAAUGAUUGGAUAUUUGCCAAUCAAGACUAUACCGGUAUAGCUAAAAAAUUGAAUUUAAAUAAUGAUAAUGAUAAAACAAAAGAAGCAUCUAGGAGCAAAAAACGGAAAAGAUCAGUUGAUGAACAUCCAGCACCACAAUUACAAACAAAUCAUAACGAACCACAAGGAUCGAUCACUAGUCCAAAAAAGAAAAAAAAGAUAGGGCAAUUAUGA